GAGGAGCGCCGGGAAGGGCUGCGGGCGGCGGAGAGGCGCCUAGGAGAGGGGGGACAUGGCCCCGCUGCUGGCGCUGCUGCUGGCCGCCCUGCUGGGCUCGGGCCGGGCGUGCCCGGAGCCGUGCGCUUGCGUGGACAAGUACGCGCACCAGUUCGCCGACUGCGCCUACAAGGAGCUGCGGGCCGUGCCCGCGGGGCUGCCCUCCAACGUGACCACCCUGAGCCUGUCGGCCAACAAGAUCAGCUCGCUGCCCCGCGGCGCCUUCGCCGAGGUGACCCAGGUGAGCUCGCUGUGGCUGGCGCACAACGAGAUCGCCGCCAUCGAGCCCGGCGCGCUGGCCGUGCUGGUGCAGCUGAAGAACCUGGACAUCAGCCACAACCAGAUCGCGGAGUUCCCCUGGCAGGACCUGCGCAACCUCAGCGCGCUGCAGCUGCUCAAGAUGAACAACAACCGCAUGGCCGCGGUGCCGCCGGGCGCCUUCCGCACGCUCAAGGACCUGCGCUCGCUGCGCAUCAACAACAACCGCUUCGCCACGCUGGCCGAGGGCAUCUUCGACUCGCUGGGCUCGCUGUCGCACCUGCAGAUCUACAACAACCCCUUCGAGUGCUCCUGCGCGCUGCAGUGGCUGAAGCGCUGGAUGGAGAGCACGCACAUCUCCAUCCCCGAGCGGGACUCCAUCGCCUGCGCGCUGCCCGAGCGCCUGCGGGGCGUGCCGCUGGCCCGGCUGCCGGACCUGCGCUGCGCCGCGCCCGCCGUGCGCCUCAGCUACUCGCCCGGCAGCCUGGACGCGGCCGAGCUGCCGGACGGGCUCUCGCUGAGCCUGCACUGCGCCGUCAGCGGCUCGCCGCCGCCAGAGGUGCGCUGGAAGAUCCGCACGGCCGGGCAGAGCCUGGAGCUGCCGGGCGGGAGCGGCGCCAAAGAGGAGCCGCAGCCGCAGCCCGAGCGCUUCGCGGUGCUCAAGAACGGCACCCUGCUGAUCCCGCGCCUCAGCAAGCGCGAGGAGGGCACCUACACCUGCGUGGCCACCAACGAGGUGGGCACCAACCAGUCCUCCGUCAACGUGGCGGUGGCGGGCGCGCAGAAACACCCGCUGGCGCCCGGCGGGGACCCGCUGGGCGGCAAGGGGCAGGCGGGCGACAAGAAGCCCGGCGCCAAGGGGGCCAAGAACAGCGUGCUGACCCCGGAGGAGGGGGGCAAAGCGCUGGGCCCCACCCGGCAGAGCCAGCCCUCCUCGGCGGCGGCGGCGGGGCCGGAGCCUGAGCGCCGCGGGCGCGUCCCCGCGGAGCCGCCAGCCGCGGGGAAGGCGUGCGGCUCGCCGGCGGGCGGCUCCAAGUACGUGUCGAACCACGCCUUCAACCGGAGCGGCGAGCUGAAGCAGCACAGCUUCGAGCUGGGCGUCAUCGCCCUGGACGUGGCCGAGCGCGACGCCCGAGUGCAGCUGACGCCCACGCAGCCCGGCGGGGGCCACCUGGGCGUGCUGUACCUGUGCCAGCAGGGCCGCCGGGGCCACGCCCUGCUGCAGUGGUCGCGGAUCGAGGCCGGCGUGAACUCGUACUGGUUCCAGGGCUUGAGCCCCGGCACCAACUACUCGGUGUGCCUGAGCUCGCCGGGCGAGGAGUGCCGGGUGCAGGUGGUGUUCACCACCAAGAAGGAGAUCCCGUCGCUCGUCAUCAUCGUGGUGGUCAGCGUCUUCCUGCUGCUGCUGGCCACGCUGCCGCUGCUGGGCGCCGCCUGGUGCCACCUGCUCGCCAAGCUGCAGGCCAAGCCCUACAAGCUCAUCAUGAAGGCGCAGAACCCCGACCAGAUGGAGAAGCGCAUGGCCGCCGACUUCGACCCCCGCGCCUCCUACCUGGAGUCCGAGAAGAACUUCGGGCCCGGCGAGGCCGGCGAGGCCGAGGACGAGGAGGAGGAGGAGGAGGAGGAGGCGGGGGAUGAGGAAGGAGCGCGGUGGCGGCGCGGGAGGGAGGGGGAAGGCGCGGCGGAGCUGGAGCGGGAGGAGAGCGUGGCCGCCAGCUCCAUGGCGGAGUCGCAGUCCAAGGGCGGCGCCGAGGAGUUCGAGGUGCGCUCCGAGUACAGCGACAAGCUCCCGCUGGGCGCCGAGGCCGUCACCAUCUCCCCGGAGAUCAACGGCAACUACCGGCAGCGGCCCCGCUGAGCCCCCCGAGCCCCCCGCGCCCCGCUCCGCCCGGGGAAAAACACCCGGAGCAUCCCGGCCCCUCCUCCUCCUCCUCCUCCUCCUCCUCCUCCUCCUGCUCCCGCUCGCCCCUCACGCCGGGAUGAGCCUCCCACCAUUUCGUUUCCAUUUUUGGCACCGGUGACAACAACGAUUCCCGCUCCCCCGCCUCCCUCCGCCGCCCGCCAGCCCCGGGAUCGCUUUCCCCUCCGAGGAAAAAAACGAAAAAAACCCAGAAAAAAAAAAAACACACUAAAAGCAAAACGCCCGAUAGCCCAAAAUUCUCUUUGCUGGAAUGGGUUCAGUCCCCGGCGGUUCGCCGCCACCCCUCGGUGCUCGGUGAGUCCCCUCGGCCUCUCGGGUUCUCUCCUGCCGAGCCCGGAGCUGUCCCCGCUCAUCCCGGAGCUGUCCCCGCUCAUCCCGGAGCUGUCCCCGCUCAUCCCGGAGCUGUCCCUGCUCAUCCUGGAGCUGUCCCCGCUCAUCCCGGAGCUGUUCCCGUUCAUCCCGGAGCUGUCCCCGCACAUCGCGCAUCCCGAUUUUCCCCCGCUGGUGCCGACAUUCCCGGUCCCCGCCGCUCCCGGGCGGCUUUCCCCGCUCCCCGAUGGAUCCCGGGGUUCCUCGGUCCCCGCCGCUCGCGGGCGGUUCUCUCCAUCCCCCGAUGGAUAUUGGUGCUCCCCGCUCCGCGCCACUCCCAUCCCCGCUGGCUCCCGGUGCCCUCCGGUGCUUCCGGUUCUGCCACUCCCUUCCCCGGUGCUCCCUGGUGCUCCCCGGAGCUCCCCCCCGGUGGCUCCCGCCGCUGGCCCCGUUCAGCACCGGGCUCGCCGGGACAGCUCCGGCCCCCCGAGGCUCCAGGGGCUCCCCAGUUCCCGCUCCCCAUUCCCCGCUCCCAAAUCCAAUCCCCAAUCCCCGCUCCCUGCUCUGUUCUCCCCGAUCCUCGCUCCCCGGUCCCAAAUCCCCGCUCUCUAAUCCCCAAUCCUUGAUCUCCCAUCCCCGUCCCCAAUCCCCAAUCCCCUCUCCCUCAUCCUCUCUCCCCAUUCCCAUCCCCAUCCCCCUUCCCCAAUCCAUAAUCCCCGCUCCUCUCUCCCCUCUCCCUCAUCCCCCCAUUCACUCCCCCUUCCCCCUUCCCCAAUCCCCAAUCCCCAAUCCCCUCUCCCUAAUCCUCACUCCCCGUUCCCAAUCCCCCAUUCCCAUCCCCAUCCCCCUUCCCUCUUCCCCCUUCCCCAAUCCCCAAUCCCCCCAUUCCCACUCCCAUUCCCCAUUCCUCAAUGCCCGUUCCCCAUUCCCUCCUCCCCAAACCCCUCUCCCCUCUCCUCUCUCCCCGUUCCCAAUCCCCAUUCCCAAUCCCCAAUCCCAAUCCCCUCUCCCCACCCCAUCCCCAUCCCCAUCCCCAAUCCCCCCAUUCCCAUCCCCAUCCCCCUUCCCCACUCCCCACUCCCAUCCCAAUCCCCCAAUCCCCCCAAUCCCCAUCCCCAACCCCAAAUCCCCAAUCCCCAUUCCCAAUCCCUCUCCCCGCUCCCGGCGCUCCCGGCGGGGCCCCUCUCUGUGUUUUUGGGUAGAGUAGCCUCGUAGCCGAGUGUGUGUUUUCCGCAGCCGCGGGCGCGCUCCGUGCGCGCUCCUGUGUCUGCAGAGUCAAUAAACGGAUUGAAAGCGGAGCCGCUCCGUGCUUUGGGGAGGGGAAAAAAAAAACAAAAAACCCAAAAAACCGGGAAUUCUGUCCGCGGGGAGGGGACAGCCAGGGGGGUGGCGCCGUCCUAAAAAUAGAAAUUCAUUUACCCGGCCGU